AUGGAGAACCUUUGGGGACCAACUGUGCGACUAGUGUACAAGUGUGCCAACAGCAGGCAGUUUUCCACCAUCGACGAGCUGCGAACUGCGGUCAUGGGGGCGUGGAGGACAUUGACCCUUCAGUCCUCAAGAACUUAA